AUGGGCUCGAUACGCGAUGCGGCGGCCUCUGUGAGGGUGCUUCUUACUGCCGGUAAUCACAGAUAUAAAGCUAUUCCUACGCCAGCCAUGGACCGGAAUCGUGCAGCACACGUCGUUGGCCAUCAUCCUCCGCCUCGCUCGAGGUUCCUUAAGCUCUCGAUGGGUGUCUUGUUGCUUGCUGCAUUUCUCUUCUUGGGUGUCCCCUUUAGGCGUGAUACAUCAGGCUCAAAGUCAUGUGUUGACAACGCGAGCUGCACUUACAACUCCCACAAAUACUGGGGUCAGUAUUCGCCUUACUUUGUGGCGCCAGACCCCUCGAGGAAGCCUGAUAUACCGGCAGGAUGCCACAUCACGUUUGCUUCCGUCCUCUCCCGCCACGGUUCUCGCCUCCCCACGGCCGGCAAGUCCCAUGCCUACAAGAAGUUGGUCGACAGACUCCACAAGGAUGUCCAAGUCUACGCCAAGGGGUUCAAGUUCAUCAAAAAGUACAAGUACUCGCUGGGUGCCGAUGACCUCACCGCGUACGGUGAAGGCGAGCUCGUCGCGUCUGGCAAACGGUUCUUUAAGCGGUACCGGAAGCUGGCCGAGCACUCGAAACUCCCACCCUUUGUGCGAGCUUCUGGUUCGGAAAGAGUCGUCAUGUCGGCCGAGCGGUUCAUGCAGGGAUACUCUCGGGCCAAGGGCCGAGAAAACGACAAGGACGUGGCCAACAUACUCGUCAUCCCCGAGGGCGACGGGUUCAACAACACGCUGGACCAUGGGAACUGCGCCGCGUUCGAGGAGGGCCCCAUUUCUGAAAUGGGAAAUGAAAGCAAAGCGGCGUGGAGGAAUGUGUGGGCCGCUCCAAUCGCGGAGCGGCUGAACCGGAAGCUUCGUGGCGCCAACCUGACGCUGCAGGAGACGAUUCAGCUCAUGGACCUCUGCCCCUUCAACACGGUUGCGUCGGCCGAGGCAAAGACGUCGCAGUUUUGCCGUCUGUUCUCCCUGGAGGAAUGGAAGGGCUACGACUACUACCUGGCUCUGGACAAGUGGUACGGCUACGGCCCGGGAAACCCUCUGGGCCCGACCCAAGGGGUCGGCUACGUCAACGAGCUGAUUGCGCGUCUCGCGCACAGCCCGGUCAGCGACCACACGUCGACAAACAGGACCCUGGACUCGGACGCUUCCACCUUCCCCUUGGACCGCGCCCUGUACGCCGACUUUAGCCACGACAACACGCUGAUGACAAUCUACGGGGCGCUGGGCUUGUACACCAAUGCCACCGAGGUGCCGACGAACCGCAGGGUGCCUCCGCAGAAGACGGACGGGUACUCGGCCUCGUGGGCUGUGCCGUUCGGAGCGCGAAUGUACGUUGAGAAGAUGCGGUGCGACGGCGUUGCGGAGGAGCUGGUGAGGGUGCUGGUCAACGACAGGUUGGUGACGCCCAAGGGUUGCCAGGCCGACGCACUCGGCCGAUGCAAGCUCGAGGGCUUUCUGGAGGGGCUCGAAUUCGCCAAGCAGGGCGGUCACUGGGAUCAAUGUGGGCGAGCGAGCAAGCGCGGCUCUCUGCGAACCUGA